CUUCAGAGGCCUGAUUUCCCGUUGGUAUUCCUCCUUCGCUAGGAACUUCGGCGCCGCGUGGUGAUGGCGGCGCGGCGCAGGACGUGGCUGGUGCUGCUCGACUGCGAGGUGGCACCGCACGCCCUUCCAUGCGCCACGCCGCGCUCCUGGCCCUCCCGCGCACCCUCCCACGCCGCCGUCCUCUGCGUGGUGGCUGAUAGGUCCGAGUGCGCCAGGCGCCUGCACUGCGCUGUUGUUGCCCAGAUUGAGCAUCCCCUUGGCCUUGCAUCCACCCUCGCUUCCUACCUGCCCGUUGCCCACGCCCACCACGAGUCGCACACCCACUCUACCGGAGCAUCUGAUUCGUUCGCCCAGGCGGCCACGCUGAUCGCCGCCUACGCCCAUUCUCUGCUCAGCGUUCGUGGUGAGUACGGGAGCCAGGGGUGGCACCGUCAGCCGAUGCUACCAGAGACACUGCUGGUAGAGGCGCUGGAAACCGCCCGGCACCACUCCAUGUCCAGCUCCUCCGCCAACCCGGCUUGGGAGGUUCUGGCCAAACUCCUGUCCAAGAUAGUGUACGGAAGUGUGAUGGCGUCUGAUUUGGACCAGCUGGUAGUUGACAGACUCUUCAGUGACCACCUGAACAGUCACGUUUUCCCAGCCAAAACGAAAUUCCGACACGCAGAUUCGCAGCAGACAGAUACAACCACGGAGGGCACUAGGCAGACAAGCGAGUCAAGAGCAGAAACAGCAGAACUUCAGGAAGAGGACGAAGAGAGUCGAAGGGCACCCGUGGGAAGGGAGGACGCCGUGCCAUCUAUGCGCUCACAAGCCCGCGAAGGACCGAGCAAAAAUGCAAUAUUGUUGCAUUCCUUCCCUGAGAAGGACCUCAGCCUAGACCUCGAGCAGCCGCCGCAGCUGACUGUGGACUAUUUAAGCGAGGACGCGCAGGCCCAUGAAAGGACUCUGCUGGGUGUCCACGAAGACGGUGGAAGACAAAAGGAACAAGAGAAGCUGAUGAAGACCUUGGACGUGUUCGCCGAGGAGCCCGCAGUUAGCGUGCCGGCGUGGGCGGUGUUGGCGAUGAUCUCGGAACUCCGCGCCGCAAUGGCCGGCCCCGUGAGCAUGCGGGCGGCUCUGGUGACCAGGGAGGAGGACCUGGAGACGCGGGCGUGGCAGCAGGAGACGCGAAUCUGGGACAGCACCUACGACUACGCUCACGGUCGCCUGAAGCUCAUCCAAGAGAUGGUUCGCUGCGGCUCCGCGCGCCCGUCUACUGCGCUGCGGAUCCUGGCUGAUCUCUUGCGGACCUGCGUGCUGGAGCCCGAAGUCGCAGCUUCACUAGCGGGCGUAGACGCGGACGAGGGCGAGGUGCGGGCAGGCCAGGAGAACAGGAUGCGAGUGGAGACAGCGAGGACGGUGGUAGCGGCCACGAGGCGCGUCUGUGAGGAGUGGCGGGCAAGGCAUAAGCACCUACUCACUUGGGCAGAGCACGAGACACCCCCAACGGAGGUGCAGCUGGGCCUCCUGGCGGAACCUGGAUGGUUCCUCACGCGGCUGCGAGAAGCCGUGUGUACGCGCGCCCAUUGGCCACUGCACGGCUCCCUUGUGCACGCGCGCCCGGUCACCUGCACGCCCGCGGAACGUCCACAACAGGGCGUGUACGCAUCAGGGGCGCGGUUGGUGGGCGGCUGUUGGUCGGGCGAAGAGGUCGUUCCCGAGGAUGGCGAGGGCGAUGGGCGUCCCCUCACGCUCAUGCUCACCGUUUCGCACGCCCUUCCGCCCACACCUGUGGGCUGGGUGUGGGUGCCCAUGGUGAGCAGAUCCCCGUCAGCGGCUCCCCUCUUCCCUGUGUUAUUGCCUCUCCAUCCCUCCUUCGAGUCCACCCGCACGCCGCUCCAUCUCUUGCCCCUGUGAGGGUGUAACCCAGCUAAAUCUAUAUGUAUCAUAUUACUGAAAUGUGCAUACUAUUGUUAUUCUAUUAUCUAUUGUUAUAUUCUACGUAAUUUACACAAUCUUGCGUAUUUGUCACAUAGGUAUCUUACACACACACACACACACACACACACACACACACACACACACACACACACUC